AGCAAAGAUUGAAUACUAACGAAGAUUUGGUUGGAAAACUUGAACGGUCAUUACUCUUUCAGUGGCACCUCUCUCUCGCGCGCGCCACCGCCAGUCCGCACGACUCCAAAUGGCUGCAUUCUUGGCGACGUCCUCAUCCCCGCCGGCCCUUCUUUGCCUUUCCUCCCCUUCUCAUUCCCACUUUCGUCAGAGUUCAUUGCUCCAAAGUUGGAAAGUCUCGGUUUUCAAGGUGCGUUGGCUUAGGACGUUUUCUGCCACGACUUCAAUGAAUUGGAAUAGGAGCUUAAGCGGCGUGGACGUAGUUUUGUUGUUAUCGAUGAAACUUGUUAAUGGGAGUUCCCCCGUGAAAAGGUGGCAACAUUGGACUCGCGCUGUAAAAGGAGAGUUGAGGGACUCACUCGCCAGUCAAGAUGCUGAGGAAGCUUUCAAAAAGACUGUUGAAGUGGAUAAGCUUAUAGAUACACUGAGGGAUGCAAAUCCAAAUGAACUUCAGAAGCUUGUUGUCGAAAAUGUCCUUGCUUUCAAUGAGAGUUUUUGGAUACGCCUUGCAGCAAGAACUGAUACCUGCAAAUCAGAGGAUGAUAAAAAAGAUUACGAGGAAUUGGCUAUAUCUGUGAUGAGCAUAGUGGAUCGCCUUGUUCAUAAGACUAAGGAAAAAAUAGAGUCAGCGACUGACGUUCUCAAGGAGAUAUUGAAACCUGUGGUUGAUGAAGUGGAAGAGGUUACCUGGCCUCCUAGAGAACCUGGGGCCCUCAAAUUAAUGGAGAAAGGGAUAUACCAAAGGGAACAAGAAGGGCAACUAGAUGAAGGUUUUCUUGCAGAGGUUAAUGCACAGCUUCGGCAAGCAAAAGAAGAUGGAGAUAAGCCAGGACUGGAGGCUAUGCUGCAAAAGGUUUUGCAACUGUAUGCUUCCAGAGUUCUCUCCAAACGUAGUUAUGCAAAGAAAGGAGAGGAAUUCUUGAAGGCUGAGCAGUUUCUUGAAGCCAUAAUAGAAGCUCCAGAGGAAGAAUGGAACAAGCUCUUGAUAAAUGGAAUGACAGUUGGCAAAGGGGAGAUAUCACCAGAGGAGUUUUAUGCAGUCAUUAAGAAACGGAUUGAGCGGACUUUGAUCCGAACAGAGGGCGGUUCUUACCAGCAGCGCAUCCUUACAGAGUAUUUGAAAGGCAUCCAAUCAAGAGCGGAGGAGAUUGUCCAAGUACUUCAGGGCAAACCAUAAUAGUGGCCGUCUAGAGUUGAAGCCAAUUCGAUAUGAUGGUGCAUUACGCAUUACACAGAACUCACAAGGCAUAACCGGACCUUAGUCUUUCUCUUGUGAGUUUGAAAAUAAAGAAAAAAGAACACCUUCAAGAAGUUGAGAAACUUUGUUUCAAUCGGACAUGAUGCACGUGCCAUUCAAGUACCACUCUAACAUGAGACAAUGAACUUUCCUUACGGCUCCCAGGUAUCCCUGUUGAAAAUAUUAUCCAUGUAGCAUUCAUAGUUCUCUUCAUUUUGAUCACUAUCCGAUAGGUAUACACUUUCGUGUAAGAACUGCUCAGCCUCCUGGACCAUAAUAUUGUGUGUAUGUUUGAGCCUUUGUUUAUCAACAGUGCAAAAUAAUAAUCGCCUCUCGAUUUAUUACUA